CGCUUCAGCGGCACCGACGAGGUUCCUCCUUCACUCGACCCAGCAACCGGCGUUGACUCCAAGCACAUCACCAUCGAUCCCUCAGCCGGCAUCUCCGCCCGCCUCUACCUCCCACCCGCAGCAGCCGGCGGCCAGACGACCCCUCUCCUCUUUUACAUUCACGGCGGCGCUUUCUGCACCGAAUCCGCCGCCUCCCCCACCUACCACCACCACCUCAACGAUCUCUCUUCCCGAACCCCACUCCUCGCCGUCUCCGUCGACUACCGCCGCGCUCCUGAACACCUCCUCCCCAUCGCCUAUGACGACGCCUGGACCGCCCUCCGCUGGUUCUUCUCCAAGCCAGAUCCGUGGCUCAGUCAACAUGGCGACUUUAGCCGCGUCUUCAUCGCCGGCGACAGCGCCGGAGCAAACAUUUCCCACCAGAUUGCACUUCGGGCUUCGGCGGAAGGGUUGCCCAUCAAGGGUAUCGCUUUGAUCCACCCCUUCUUCUGGGGUUCGGCUCCGGUGGGCUCGGAACCCACUGAUCUCCAUUUACGGGAGCCCCAUGACCGCUUGUGGAAGUUCAUUUUCCCCGGGACAGAAGGGAUGGAUGACCCCAGGAGGAAUCCGGUGGCCGAUGGUGCGCCGAGCCUUGCAGAUCUGAAGUGCGAGCGAGUUAUAGUGACUGUCGCCGAGAAGGAUUUGUUGAAAGACAGAGGAAUUCUUUACUACCAGAAGCUUAAGGACAGCGGGUGGAUUGGCGAGGCGGAGUUGUUCGUGUCGCAAGACGCUGGCCAUUGUUUCCAUCUAUCUCAUCCCCAGACCGAGCAGGGAAUGGCCAAGAUUGAAUUUUUAGCUGAUUUUUUUAGAAAGUAUUAGCUCUGAUUUCCAUUUCCUGUGCCUUGAAAUAAUGAAAUCCUUCAAAUGGUUGAGAAUUUGAUAUCUGCUGAUGAAUAUGUGCGUCGCACAGAUAGAAAUUGUUAUAAUUUCUUAUUAAAGUUCUGAAUACAUAUUCUCAUGAGAAUCUCGUCCAUGAGAUAGAUA